CCGGUCCCAGUGUCCACCUCUUCCUCUGUUCUCUGUCAUUUUUAUGUACCCGGUGUGAAGUGUGAAGUUUUGGAAUCCACGUUCCAAGUGUUUAUUUUUGCAAUAAAAACCCGAUAAACCAGAUUUAAGGAUGCCACCAAAAAAAGUAACUGAGCCCGAACGCAAGCCGUUGAUUGGUCGAGUGGGAACCAACUUGAAGGUCGGCAUCGUAGGAGUUCCGAACGUGGGAAAAUCCACGUUUUUCAACGUCCUCACCAAGAGUUCUGCCGCCGCGGAAAACUUUCCUUUCUGCACCAUCGAUCCCAAUGAAAAUAAGGUACCUGUUCCUGAUGAGAGAUUCGAUUAUCUAUGCGACUAUUUCAAACCAUUGAGCAAAGUUCCUGCCUUCCUGAACAUCGUUGACAUUGCUGGUCUCGUCAAAGGAGCUUCAGAGGGACAAGGGCUUGGAAACGCCUUUCUUUCCCAUAUCAGCGCCUGUGACUCGAUCUUUCACCUUUGUAGAGCUUUUGAAGAUGACGAUGUGACCCACGUCGAGGGAGAGGUCGACCCUGUCAGAGACCUGGACAUCAUCUAUGAAGAAUUGAGGCUCAAAGACGAGGACACGCUGAUGAAGAACCUGGAGAAACUGGAGAGAACCGUCGGAAGGGGCAGCGAUAAGAAACUGAAACCGGAAUAUGACACGCUUCUAAAGAUCAAGCAAGUUUUGGUGGACGAGAAGAAACACAUCAGAUUCGCAGAUUGGGAUGGAAAAGAUAUUGAAAUACUCAACAAAUACUUAUUCUUGACAUCUAAACCAGCCCUCUACCUGGUCAACUUGGCUGAAAAGGAUUACAUCAAGAGAAAAAAUAAGUGGUUGAUCAAAAUCAAGGAAUGGGUCGACAAAAAUGACGCUGGAGCCAUGAUCAUUCCAUUUUCAGGAGUUUUCGAACACAAACUUGUGGAAGAAUAUGAAGAUCCAGUGCUGAGGAAGAAGUUUCUAGAAGAUAAUGGUACGACCAGUGCCCUCGACAAAAUCAUAGUCCAAGGUUACAGAACCCUGCAAUUAGAAUACUUCUUCACGGCAGGUCCAGACGAAGUGAAAGCAUGGACAAUUCAGAACGGUACGAAAGCUCCGCAAGCGGCAGGUCGCAUCCACACGGAUUUCGAGAAAGGUUUCAUCAUGGCCGAAGUCAUGAAGUUCGCUGACUUCAAGGAAGAGGGCUCUGAAUCGGCGUGCAAAGCUGCAGGCAAAUAUAGACAACAAGGUAGAAACUACGUUGUCGAAGACGGCGACAUUAUCUUCUUCAAAUUCAAUGCGGGUGCAGGUCUUCAGGCAAAGAAGAAAUGAUGGUCACUAAUAAUCACCCUGAGUAUCCUGAUUUAUUUAUAUGUCAACAUGAUUUUUUUCAAUGCAAGCAUCAAUUGAAAAAUAUUUUACAUCAGUAUAUUUAUCUUUCUGUCAUGAUCAUAAUCUAAGCUUGAUCAAUAAAGGCAAGGUUGAAUUUUUCAAUAAUUCUCCUACUUACAAUAUGAUAACAUUCAAAGGAAAUAA